GGCGCCGCGAUGCCCGGCGGCGGGAGGGCCCCGACGUAGCGGCGCGGUGCCGCGGGGCGGAGGAUGGCGUGCGGCGGCUGCUGCUGCUCGGGCGCGGGGCGACUGAACGCGGACAACGCGCGGUUCCUGCUGCUGGCGGUGCUGAUCGCGCUGUACAUGCUGUGCGGCGCCGCCGUCUUCUCGGCCAUCGAGCUGCCCGGCGAGCGGCGGGCCAAGCAGCGCUGGGAGGAGCGGCUGCAGAACUUCACCCGCCGCCACAACCUCAGCCGCGCCGAGCUCCGCGACUUUCUCCGCGAGUACGAGGAGGCGAGCGUGGCCGGCAUCCGCGUCGAUGACAUCCGGCCCCGCUGGGACUUCACCGGCGCUUUCUACUUCGUGGGCACCGUCGUUUCCACGAUCGGGUUUGGCAUGACCACCCCAGCCACCGUUGGAGGCAAAAUUUUUCUUAUAUUUUAUGGCCUUAUAGGAUGUGCAGGGACCAUCUUGUUCUUUAACCUGUUCCUGGAGCGCCUGAUCACUGUCAUAGCCUAUGUCAUGAAGUCCUGCCAUGAGAGACAGCUGAGGAGGAAAGGGGUCCUCCCUCACGACGGCCGGCGGGGCUCAGGGACCUCAGAGGCAGACAGCCUGGCAGGCUGGAAGCCCUCGGUGUACUAUGUCAUGCUGAUUUUGUGUAUAGCAUCGCUCAUCAUCUCCUGCUGUGCCUCUGCAAUGUACACACCGAUUGAAGGGUGGAGUUACUUUGACUCACUGUACUUUUGCUUCGUGGCCUUCAGCACCAUUGGCUUUGGUGAUCUGGUCAGCAGCCAGAACACCCACUAUGAGAGCCAAGGCCUCUACCGCUUUGGCAAUUUUGUCUUCAUACUCAUGGGGGUUUGCUGCAUCUAUUCCUUAUUUAAUGUGAUCUCUAUUGUCAUCAAACAGUCCAUAAACUGGAUACUAAAGAAGCUGGACUGCAGGUGCUGCCAUAGAUGCCAAAGAAAAUUAUUUCGGUCGCGGAGGAACGUGGUAAUGCCAGGGAACGUGCGCGGCCGGAGAAACAUCUCCAUUGAGACUGACAUCGUCAAUGAGAGCGACACAGAUGGACGCCGGCUGUCGGGUGAGAUGAUCUCAAUGAAGGACUUCCUGGCCUCCAACAAAGUUUCACUGGCCAUCAUGCAGAAACAGCUGUCUGAAACUGCCAAUGGCUACCCACGGCAAAUGAGCUCAAAGCAAAAUGGAUUUUCUGGUGGAGUUGGAGCCCUAGCAAUUAUGAAUAACAGACUGGCAGAGACAAGUGUGGAUAGGUAAUAUAAUACAGAACAGUAUUAUAAAAUAGUACAGGAAUAACGAUGAAGUGGUGUGAAGCAUUUCAACACGUCGAAAAACAAUGUGGAUCGUGUGGAUGUACUUAGGGAGAGUAUUGUCCUAGGAAGAGGGUGAGGUGGAUGUGAAAAGCAUACUUUCUGUUGGAAAACCACUCACGUGUUUUUGGGCUGUCACUUAAUGUCAUGGCUCCAUGAAUUGCAUCAGUGUCAGCCUUUCUUCCUCCCCUCCCUUCUGUGCCUCCAACAGGCCACUGCAGGAGAAAUUCAAUUUAGCCUUCAAAUCAGUUUCUCAUGUCCUUUGCUUUUCCGUUUUUGUGAAAUACAGGUUUCAGGAUACAAAAUCUGUAGUACUGGAACAAAUCAAGAGUAUCUCCUGAACAGAUCCUGAAUUCAAAGAUUGUUUUGAACUUUCUGUCUUAACUCUUCUCGAAAUUGUUUUCUAAGGUAGCUUAUUUAAGACUAAAGGAGGGAUCAUUGUAAACCUUUCUCUCUCAUAUUGCAGAUCUAAUGAGAUCUAAUUUAAUGGAAUAGGAAAAAAAAACUGAAAAUAGAAGAAAAAGAAUCAUCUAUUUUCUUUUAAAUAUCCCUCCUUGAAAUGUAUUCCUGUUGUGAAACAGCUGGCCUUGAAAAGCCAGGUUCUGCUGCCAUUAAAAUUGUAUAAAUCUGGAGCAAUUGUAUGAAAAGUGGACUAAGUACUCCGGACCUACUAUGAUUUGAAUGAGAGGAGAAUUUGACCUUUAGAAUUUAUUUUAGUGUUCCCUUUAAAAGGAUACUGUCAAAAGUGAUAAAAUAAAAAAUUAGCCUACUUUUGGGUUUUUUUUUCCUAUUGGUGAAACACAUGAUUUUCCCAUGGUUAAUUUUUCUUCUAAAACUGAAUCACGGUUUUCUGUUUCAAAAAUAUCCAAUUAAUUGGAAAAAAAAAAUGCCAUACUGACAAGCUAUUUGAAUUACUGUACAAUAACAACCAGAGAAUUUUACAAAUUUCUGUUCGUAUUAUGCUCAAUUGUGACUGAAGCAGUUCAGCAUCAACAUUAUGUAAUAUAACUAGUAACUGGGUUUGCAGAACAGGCUUCAUUACACAAUUAGAUUGCCAUGCCAACACUCAGUGCAUUAUUAUAAGUGACUGUGGUCACAAAAUCACUUCAGCAAUGUCCUUUUCACCUCUCGUGAAGUUUUGUCUUUCUUCACCUGUUUUCUGGCAUUCAGUAAUGAUAAUGACAGGGUCUUGAUUAGAGAAAUAGAAAAUGUUUAACUCCUCGUUUUUCUCAAUGAAAUGCUCUGAGUGUUCAUUAUGAGUAGAAAGGAGACUUCAAUGAGAAGCAUAAUAACAGCGAGAAGAAUAUGAAAACAGGAAGUUGGGUGAUCUUUAAUGACAGUGAAAUCAUGCUUUCUAUUAGAUAACUGGAGAAAUAAGGGAUUGAAUUAACAUAGAGUCUAGUGAGAAUUUAAGGAGGUCUGAGCUGAAUUCCUAGUUCUUCUUUAACCAUGCGAUGCGUUAGAGCUGAACGGUAUAUAAGUGUAAAUAAGCUGAAUGGGUCACAAAGGGCCUGAUCCAAUUCUCCCUAAAGAGAAUAGUACAUCUGUCAGGACUGAACGUUUUCUCACUUCUGUUUAGCUACAAUACCUUCCAGAGUACUACAAUUUUAGGGCAUUUAAAGGAGCCCUACGCAGUUCUUAAUUUCUCUCAUAUGGAACAAUGCAGAUAGCUUCUUCAGCUUAUGGAAUAGUAUCAUAUCCUUUUUCUUCAUUCUGCCUCAAAGUUCUUUUUUUUUAGGUUCCUAAUACUGUAAGUUAAUAUUUCAAUACUCAUUCCAAGCAAUAUUUGAAUUUGAAAAGAAAACAUACCUCUUAGAAUGUUUCAUACAAUAAAGCAAAAUCAGAAAAUAAACAACUGCACUUAACUCAUGAAAAAGAAUUGCAAGCUCUUCCUGACAUUUUAAAGUUAAAAUAUUCUGAUAAAAAGUCAAAUCUUGCUGUCCUUAGUUACAAGGAGAGCUUCAAGUGGCCGCCAUUACUUGAAAGCCGACUGUCAGCUCAGCUGUGCAGCAGUAGCAGUCCACAUUUGCCUUUAUGUAAGAUCCAAAUCAGCUCACAAACCCUAACUCUGGCCAGAAAAGCAGUUGCAUUUGUCUCCAGUGGUUUUAUGUAUUUUCAAAAAAUGCUGCUGCUAUGUUUUUGUUACAUUACAAUAUCCAAAAUCUAUUACACUGUUCCAAAGCUUUGUCUCAACCAUACUGAAUAAAAAUACUUGGAUAUAAAAUGAGAAAAGUACUUCUUUCUGAUUUCAUUCAGCAGUGUCUCUGUUCACUGCCUGUAACCCUAAGAUUUCAGUGUUGCAGAAGUAUUCCUCAUGCUGCCAACUGUGAGAAAUAAUUCAGGACUUCACCCAUUGCUUAAGCAGAGCUCUCAUCCUGAUCAGAACAGCCACAACCUUGGAAAGUGCAGCUUGCAUCUCCAUUUCUGCUGGUUAUUAAAUCUGACGUACUUGAAAAUGUCAAAUUUUGCUGAGUGCUACCCUCUUUCCUAAGUGAUCAAGGCAAAACCACAUGAAAUAACCAAAAUGUGCAAGUUUCUUGAGUUCAUUUUAUUCUACACUUCUGCAUCAUCGUUAUUGACCAGGAUGCCAUAUAGGAUUUUAACCUCAAUCCUUCCAUACCUAAUUAGCUUUCAGAAUGUGGUUCUGGAGAUCUAAGCACAGCACAGUGAGACAGCAGAAAUAAUAUUUCAGGCAAUAUUCAGAGCAAAUAGUUGAGAAAACAUAUUGAAGGAGAGAGAAAUGCAUGGAAACUAAUGGAAAGGAGGAAAACAUUACAGUCUGCAUAGUCAAUUCAGCAGAGAUUAUUCAGCUUUCAGAAUAUGACAAAGCCCAGUAGCAGAUCCUUAGGAUGGUCAUAGGGUGAUCCCAAUUGCUCCCAAAAUGCAAGCCAGCAGUAUUGCUCGUUUCCAUUCUUUGGGAUACCAACCCCUCGUUAUCCAUCACCACAGAGAGACCUUUCUCAGCUGCUUUCAAUAGAUCUGAAACCAUCUAUAGUUAUGAAAGCAGGGGAUCAAGCAAAUGGCUUGGUCAAGGCUGUAAGAGGUUUUUGACAUGCAGUAGCUCUUACUUUGUUCAUCAGCCCUGCCCUACUUCUCUCUCAGGCUAUGGCUUUCGCAUGACCCAAGCCUGCCCAUCACAAGGCACUCUACAGUGGUUUUGUGGUCAGAUUUCUUGUCCACUGAAUGUAAAGAGGGAAUAAGUGCACUAUUUUUAUCUAAUUACAUCUGUUCAGAUGUGAAUUGCUGUUCCAGAGACGAAGGGCUGUACGUUCUGUGACUGAGCCACCUUGUAUCAUGAAGUCAUGCUGUCCCCAAAACACUUCUGACUUAUCAGUUAGAAGCUGUGCUGAAUGCUUUUCCUGGGAGGCCAAAAGAAAUAUUAGAGAAUAUUAGGGAUUUGAAAAAAAAAAAAACCCAAAAACGUCAAGAUUGGAAAGGGAACUUCUGACUGUGCUACAGUGGUGAUACUGCAGUUGUUUUUCUAAAGCCAUUGGAUGAAAUCCCCAAAAGCUCAGUUCAUAAUGUAACCUCAAGUUUUUAAAGAUAUCUCAUACUUGGAGAUAUAAGUAUAGAUGUGCCAAAAAAGAAGAAUUUGUCACAGGAGUUCCAAAUGUCCGUCCUGUGUAAAAAAAUAAACUGCAGCAGAAAUUCAGGCAACAUCCCAUUUCUUACAAAUGAAAGCAGUGAUGAGGAGAAAUGAAAAGAAAUACUGUCAAAUAGCUAGGGAUCUAUUUCAAAAGCUAAUUUAAAUUUUAAUUCGUAUUGCUUAGAACUAAAAUCUCAGUCAAGAAGACAGGAACCUGCUUUCAGAAUUACUGUUUCCCCAUUUCCUGAUACGAAUUUGCAUUAUGGCUAAUGAGAUGUGGGCUUUAUUUUUUUAAUGCAAAAAUGUUUCUGUGAAGAUCUUGGAUGUAUUGAAGCUCUGGAUCUGCAUUUCAGGUCAGGAGUAUCACUAAAGCCAGUGGACCAAGCAGCAAGGUGCAGGCUGGCAGACUGAAACUGAGAGUCAUUGAUGAACUAAUUUACUGGAAGUCGGGCUUAUAAGUUGUGCCACGCUGUGACAAUAUAAUUCUUGUGAAAUAUCAUUAUUGCACAAUAAAAUGGAAUAUUUAAUGCUAAAAAAAAUAUGAUCAUAUACCAUAAGUAAGGGGAGCUCUCAGGGUUUUUUGAUAGGCUUUGUAAAAUUUGUUCAAUUUGUAUCCAAGGCAUUACAUUCAUUUAUCUCUGCAAAGGACAUGGUUGUCUACUUACAAGGAUAUGAACAGGCUUUACAAAGGCAUCUAAUUCCUGCUGGAAAUCAGUUCAACUCUUGCCACGCUUUGACUUUCAUCAGAAGUCAGGUACCCACUUCCUUUGGGCAAUUUCAUAACCCAGCUAUGUUCUACGUUUUGAAUCUGAGCUGACCUGACAGUGUCCCUGAAAAGUUCAAACACUAGCAGCAAGGUUUCUGUGCUGCCACACAAUAAUAGCUGAAUUCAUUUAUUUAAAAGCCUUUUAUGGUGAAAGCUUUGCAUCAACCCAAUAGCACGGGCAAUGUUUACAGUUUGUUUGAUUUAAUCUUGGCCUCUGCCUGUUUUAAUUAUAUUUGACACAUUUAGAAAUUGAAUAGCAAAUAAUCUGUUGGGCUGGGCAUGAAAAAUGAACUGGCUCAGUUUCUCAGACCGAAUUAAUCAAGAGGAAGAGGUCGGCCUGGGAAAGGCGCUUUCUCAUUAACAGGGUAUUUGAAUAAACUUCCUCUAAAUAGCAGCUCAGUUUGCAUCUUCUCUUAUUUUGACUUAGUUUAGUAAAAUUUGGCCUCAAUUUCUUGGAUUCCUUCAAGAAGUAAGAAAGUUCUUUUGUAUAAUUUCAUUUACAAGCUGUGGAGAAUGACCAAGUGUCUUUCCACUGGGCAAAAAUGCUGCUAAAUAUAGCGAGAAGUCAGAAGGUUUUUGAUACGACCCAUAUAUAUAGAGAGAGCCAUUUCAUGUGAAACCAGAGAAAAACCAAGUCACUGCAGCUAUUUGGAAGCCUUCAAAAAACAGAAGGAUGAUCUCAUGGAGUAGACACACUCAUUUCUCUUUAAUUCUUCUACAGUUCUGCUUUAAUGUUUUCCUACAGUUUUCAUGACUUGAAAUUAUUUGGAAUCAUAUAAAAUAUUAAUUUGCUAAGAUUUUGAAAGGCAGGUGGGAUUUAUUUAAAAUGAAAUCUGAUUUAUUUAAAAUGAAAAUAUCUCUGUCUAUUGCUUUAUAAAGGAAAAGUUUGAUUAAAAGAAGAAUUAGUACUCUUGCUUUCCAAGCAAGUGCGGCAUUUUCUGGAUUCCAUACGGAUUUCCUGUUAGGUGUCCUUGCAGAAGUUGCUAGAGAAAGGCAGGUUUCAAACUUUAUCUUAAGAAAUACCUUUCAAAGCUGUUCUCCUUUCAAAGCAAUGGAAUGUUGCCAGUUUUUCUGUCUGUGGUCUUUUCUGGGAAAUUUAACUUUGUUCUUUGGUACCCUUAGAAGGAAAAGAUGCAUAAGAAGAAAAAUUGAAAUAACCCUGAAUAAUCUUAAAAUGUACCUGCUUGGAGCUGUUAAGGUCCUCUCCCUUUUGCUAAUUUGAAGUUUGUGUUAGAGUUUAAUACCACCAAAGAGAUUUGGUCUUACUCGGAGUUCAAAUAAAAGAACUUUAAAGCUGCAUUAUUCUAUCUGUUUUAAAUGUUGGAAAUGAGCUGGUGAUCUGAAGAGUGGGUGCUAUGCUAAGCCUGUUAGAAUUAAGAAGACUGGGAUCACCAGGUCUACACAGCAGGCAGGGAGUCGCUGGGGGAUCAUUAGGGAGCAGAUUGCUGCAGUAGAGGCAGAUGCUGGCUGCUGGCACUUGGGCUGUCACGUUGUCUACAUCCUGUGUAUGGGGACAGAAGUAAACAGAUAAUGCUUUCCAGACCCACUCAUUCAGAAAUUCACCAAAUAAUUUAUUUGGUGAAUCCACAGGAAGGGGCCUGUGGAUGCUAUCCAGCCCAAAACCCUGUUGAAAGCAAGUCCAGCUGGCUCCUGCCUGUCUCUGUGCCCUGUCAUGCAACUGGGCAGUCCUCCUUCGACAUGUAGCGUUUAUUUGCAGUGUCCUGGAAGUGCCCUUCUCCCAUGCAAUACAGACUACUUUCCCCUACCAACAGGAAGUGACAGCCCUUCCUUUGUAGCUACUUCAUUUGGGCAAAUGCUUAGGUCUAGGUUUAACACGUUCCUUUGUAAAUAGCAUCUAAGCAGCUGUUUUUCUCAGGCUAAUACAAAGCAGAUGGUAUUUUGAUCCCUAGGUAUCAUUAUUGUUGGUAGUCUUAUUAGAGAUGGCAAGAAUUGAAAAGGUCAAUUGGUUCCUGCCAGCACUAAGCCAUAAUCAGGGUAUUACCCCUCUGGCAAAUAGCACAGAGGAUCUUAGUUUGGCUCCACAUGUGGGGUUUGGUUGCCUUCUCAGCUCAGAAGCUAAUUCAGCCUCAGUGAAAUCAAUGGAGACUUUGCUACUGGGCUCUUUAUCUAGCAUAUAGCACAGAAAGUAUUUUCACUUUACAAAAUAAUCCAGAGAAAAGUUGACUAGCUAUUUGCUUUGCUUUUACCACCAGCUGUGCAAAUGUUAAUUCUGCUCAUGCCUUACUGUGUUGUGCACCGGGUUUUUCCUCAAGGGCCAUUAUUUGAUCUACGGAAUAAUAGUCUGCUUAUAAGGAACCAGAAUCGAUCAUCUAUGUUGGAAAAGACUUUGAAGACCAUUGAGUUCAACCAUCAGCCUGACCUAUAUUGUCUUGGUUGAAAGACCGUUGUUACCUCUGAGAAUGAACUCCAAGAAUACUUUGGUAUUCACUCAUUUCCGCAGCUGAAAGAUUGACAAAUAUCACCUCAGGGUGUCUGCCCAACCGCCACCAAAUGUUUUGCUGCCCAUGGUCUUGGGGAGCUGCUCACAGCGAUGGGCGUUUUUGAGAGAGCUUCAGGAUGAAGUCGUAGGAUUCUGCUCAGACCUUCCUUUGCUUAAAAAGCUUUCCUUAUUAACAAAAAUCCCCAUAAGCAAUUUUUUCCAUGAGCAGCAGAAGUUUUUUCAUAGAGAUUUAUGUCUGAUGUUCCCCCCAAAUGAAUUUAACAUCCACAUACUCUUUAAGCAACCAGCAAAGCAAUCCAAUCUCCCUCUUUCUGUUCUCAGUGACACUCCACCUAAUCACCCUCAUGCUCAGACAAUCUCAGCUCCUUCCCGUAUCCAUUGCAAGCUUACUGUGAUAGUCUAAUUUUCCUCAUUUUUAAUACCACUGCCUCCUUCAUGUCCCCCUGAUCUGGCCAGCAGGACCUAAGUUGGGCAGGCUGCAGAUAGGCCAGUGAUCAGCCUGCUCCAGCUCUUCCCUCAAGUAUGCCUCUCUCUGGUCACUUCUCCUCAAGAAAUCUGUGGGCAGUUGAUAGAUUUUAGAUUUCUACCCUUGCAUCAAAUAUGGUUGAAAAUAGCCAAAAGGUUUGAAUGUUAGUUCAGCACAAAUUGUCAGAUAAAUAGAUUAAAGGUGAGAAGGAAGGAACUCCGGAAGCCUGGUAACCUCUGAAGGGGUCUGCAUUUCCAAACUUUCUAUUGCCCUUUUAUGACCAUGGGUCUUUAGUUACUGGCAACGCAGCACUAAUCAGAUUUUCAAAAGUAUUUUUAUACCUUUGCAUGGAAGACAUUGGCAGAUUAAAAAAGCCUAAGUACAUAACUCCCACUGAAAUUAUUUAUUUGCAAAGCUUUGUAGGCAGGGCUGAACUUACAUUCAAAGAAUCCCAACAAUUGUGUUCCCAGCUCAUUACUGACAAAAAGUAUGAGCAGAAGCCAGUAAACAUCACAAACCUCUAAACUAAACAGGUAUUGUGAUGGAGGGAAGGGAGCCUGAAUCUGAUGCAGUCCAGCUGCCGACAUAAAUACUCUAAUAAUCAAUCAGAAUCUUGAGUAUUCCAGCAAUGAAUAUCAGAAUAUUUCAGGGUGACGAAUGAAGAAUACUUCACACACAAUGAGCUAGAGGCAACUCUGUGCCAUUUCAGAAAUACAAUUGUUAGUGGAUGUAAUAUCACAAACCACUCAACUAUGUUCUAUUUUAAAGGAAGAACAUUAAACUGCAUGAAGUGGGUUCUGAAUUUAUCUCCAAGGGCAGCUGAAUGACAACAUCUGCUCAAGGUGCAACAACAAUCAGAAAACAAGUAGCAUAUGAAAUUGUAUUAAGAAUCUGUUAUUGUACUGUAUUGGCUAGAUGUAUGUCUUCAUCCUAGUUAUUAUCUUAACAUCUUGACAAAAAGAUGAUCACAGAUGUAGAAAGAUAAAAGCCCAAUGAAAAGCAAUUAAAAAUAUUCAAAUCAGAUAUCACUACUUGCUAACUUCUAAGGCACACCUGUAUGAAAAUAAAAAGGGGCACAAGAAAUGCAUGGCUGAGAAAAGGCAGCCCUUCAGCAGGAGCAAUGUCAGGGACUAAGCAGGGCAGAUCUCUUCUGUGCCAGGCUCACGUGUCUCACUGGAGUCCUGAGCUGCACUGCAGCGUGACCACAGGAUGGAUAAAUAUUGGGACCCAUUUGGUUAUCUCCACUGAGGUAAUUAGUAAGGAUUGAAUUGGAUUAAAAUUUAAAAGAAAAAAAAAAAAGAAAAGAAAAGCAGGCAAAAGGAAAAAAAAUAAUGUUUCAGAUUGUGUUUAGAGGAUGCAGAACAAUAAACGUAAAGAACAUAGCAGAAUUUUGUAAAAUGGAUGUUUAUAUAAGUAAUUGUGUGAUAUGAUAUAAAAUAAUGUUUUCUGAGUCCUUGUUCUUCCAUGUUUGUAAUGUGAAGAAAAAUGUUAGGCCAGUUCUCUCUUAUUAAAUUUUUGCUUUCUCUGAAGACCUCUGGAGAGCCCACAUUUCUGAUUCAUGCAGCAGUUAAAUACUGGAAUAACAGUAGCAGUAAAAUGUAGAAGUACAUUCAUGUUACAAGACCUGUAAAGGGGAUAAUUGCUAGUGUGCUAAUAUAUGUAGCAGUAUGCAUCUUUUUUAAUUGCAUUUUAAGUGUUGCAUUCCACCAUCAUAUUCUACUUUAUAAGCUAUUUACUUUUUGCGGAGAAUGGGAAUGAGUGUGAAAGCAUCAAGGAUUAGGCUAAUGUUCUAGGAGGACAGGCAACUGCAGUAUCAUUCAAGACUCACAUUUAAUCAGAUUCAAGUCUUUUUUGAAGUAAUCUUUCCACUAUUUCUUGAACUACCUAUUCAUUUGACAUUUUCUCAUUGAGAAAUAUUCAAUUAUUGAGCUGCUAUUAGAAAGAUUGGUGAAGCAUGCUGCAAGCAAUAAGGAAGUAUAAAACCCAACACUAUUGUCACCAACUUUGGCUCCCACAGGUGAAAAGUGUGAGAGUACCUGAUGGCAUACAUUUGUUUUCAUGACCAGAACUGGUUUGUAAGUGUUCUAAAAGUCAGAAUGCUGGUAUUUUUCUAUUCAAUAAAGGACAGCGAUGUUAUCA